UGUCGAUAGCACAUUUAAUCGGGAGUGAUUGUGUAAAAAUAAAUUCAUAUGAUUGAUUUAUUGACAUCGGUAAGAAACUAUCCUUCAUUGAUUCAUUACUUAACAGCGUUUCACAACAAGGACGGCUCUCGUGGGUACCUCGAAGGUCUUGCCGGCUGCUACGCCGACCUGCUCUCGGCACGUUAUUCCGACGUGCUUUUGGCGCUCGAAGAGUUACGGCGCGUCGAGGUCGCCAGCACGGGGCACACGCUCGACCCUGUCUACAGGACGAGUCCUCCCGCGAGUCCGAGCUCACCGCCCGGCUCUCAACGAAGGCCCGGAAGCUCAGCAGCCGGAGGCUCUCUCACCACAUCGCAUUCGCAGCCGAUCUACGUUCCCGGGAAAUAUUCGCCAUCAAGUUGCUUAAGUGAUAAAGAAGAAGAUGAAAUUUACGGUUUCGGUUAUGGAGUAUUUGGUGCACAAAUGGCGCGACUCCAAUCGUCUCACAGGGCUGCCAAUGCGGCGGCUAUGGCCAAUGCGACCAACCCAACUGCGACACCACUUGUUAAUGCACAACAUCAAAAUUACCAAAGCUGCCUCAGUCCAAGAUCAGCUUAUUUUUACGAAUUUCCACCAAGUGAUUGUUCAAGAGAAGGUGGCAAAAAACGCAUGACUUUAGCUAGAUUGUUAAGGGGAUUAAAAACAUCUCACAGAAAAGAUAGGGCGGCGACGGCACACAAGACUGUUCGCGAUGGUGAAAAAACGCGGCAACAAAUGAAUGGCGGACCACAAUUUAGUUUUGAAGAAACUAUUCAAAGGCUGAAAAUACAAGAGGCGAUAAGAAAAAAAGAGAGAUUCCAACGAGAACAUGAUGAGAUUUUGAGAGAUAUUCGACAUGGACUAUCUAAGCUUAGCCGAGAUGGAAGAGGUGCCUUGUCAGAUGAAUCGAGCAACUACGAAUCAGGCAGUAUGAGUGGUGGCACCGGAUCAAACCGUGGUGGUAUGAUCAAUGGUAUGGGACCUCAUUGGUAUGAUGAACCUCCAUACGAGAGCGACCCGGAAGACUUCUUGAUGCCAACUUCUGGUGAACUGCGCGAUGGGGCCGUUUGCUUCCGUCUCGUGGACGGUGCUGGAGUCAUUUCGUUGAGGUCGGCCGGAGACAUUUCUCUGCCCCACAGACAUAGCAGACGUGGGCUCAUCCUGCCUCACGAGCCGCCUCAUCCACCCACUGUAAUACCACUAACCCGUAAUGCUCGGUACGAGGAGCAAAUCGUGGCGGUUACCAAUGGUACUGGAGUGGUGACUGAUAAUUCGCAUAUUUCUAAUGCAUAUAGAAGGCUUCCAUACAACGAACGCGAAUCGGAACAUAGUUCUGACUACGAGGAUGCAGAUGCAAGAAUAACGCACUUGAAUAAUGAUGUAUUACGUAGCAGCGUACGUUGUGAUUCUAAUAGAAAGAAUACGAGACCGGAUCAACCUUUCCCGUGUUCAACGAGCUCCGUGGAAAGCUUGCCUAGUGCUUCGGGAUCAAGUACUCAGGCACUGGUUCGGGCUGGUAGUCCCCAUAGUUCCCUGUCAGCAGAAGAACAAAGCAGAGCAUCUCGUGAUAUUCGCCCCACACUCUGCAGGGCUAGAGCUCUUGCUGAUCAUGCUCCAGCAGGAUACAAUAAAGAUGCAUUAAGAUUCAAGAAAGGGGACAUAAUAGACGUUUUGUCAAUGCACGCUUCAGGCGUUUGGCACGGAGCUCUCGGUGAUCAAACUGGACAUUUUCCAUUUUCGAGAGUUGAAGUUUUGCCUGAUUUGUUAGUUUCCGGUACUCAAUCUUUUCAACGUGAUGAUGGCGAAGAUCGAGAUAUCAAUGCUAGGAUCCGAACUGCUGCUAGACUGCUCAGAGAUCUUGAUUCUGGCAGUGAAGCUGAUGCAGCAGGUUCAAGCAGCGAAGGCGACGAUUGCCUUCGCGUCGGAAGCCGCCGUCCUCCUUUUUCUCCAUUCCGGCGCCACUUUCCACGCGAUUCUGGUUGUUAUGACGCUUCCGGGACACCUGUCCACAUUGAGACGUCUCCACAGAUCCAUCGAGCUCCUGAUGAAUGCAAAAGGAACGCUGCAAACCGUUUGAGCACUACCGAAGGUGAUAAUUUAGACUCAGUCGUUCAGAAAUGUUCAGAUGAGAUUUUGAAAAGGGUUGAGAAUGCAAAGUUAAUGUCGGCCAGAGAUGAUUUGAUCGAAAGGUGUCCUGCUGGCUUCCAAAGUUCUCAGCAAAACAAUCGUCAGACGCCCAGAGUAGCGAGAAAAGGCCUUUUAGGUGGAAAUAAUGACGACAGAUUUAUAGGCAAUGAAUCUAACACCAGAGGCGGCGGAACUUGCCUUAGCGAAAAAUCUAGCGACUCCGGUGUUAGCAGCAGCAGCCUGAGCUCCGCUCCGACUCAUAGAGAGCUUAGAAGCGGAAUGCCAGGGGCUAUGUAA